GGAUCCGCCGCUCGGUCUCAGUGUAAUCCCGUCUUUACCCCCGCGCACUCACUCAGUCGUCCGCCAUGGCGACCGCGGAAAGCCUCCUCUGCGGCCCGAGCAGCUUGUGAAAAACUCCUCCCCGGAGCUUCCUCUUAUUUCUGCGUUUUAUCCCCGGAGCCGCCGCCGCUGGACGUGGAUGUAACGAAUACCUCCGCUCAGCUGAGGGUGGACGGGGGGGAGGGGGGACACACACACACACACACACACACACACACACUACUUUCGCGUGGAUAAAACCCGCAUUCCGGGAGAACAGAGGGAGCAUCGCAGCGCAGCAUGGCGGAGCCGGAGCCCAUGGCCAUCGGAGCAGGCCAGCGUCUCGGCGCCCCGGAGACUCUCGGCAUCAGUACACUGGACCCCGGGCACAGACCCCCCGCCAUGCCCUCUGGACGCCACGUCACCAUCAGGGUGCGCAUGUUGGACGACACGGAGGAGCUCUUCGACGUCUCGCAAAAAGCCUCCGGCAAGGUGCUUUUAGACAUGGUGUGCUCCCACAUGAACCUCAUCGAAGGUGACUACUUCGGCUUGGAGUUUCAGAACCAUCAAAAGAUGAUGGUUUGGUUGGACCAUGUGAAGCCCAUUAUCAAGCAGCUCAGACGGCCGAAGCAGACCACCCUUAUGUUUGCUGUGAAGUUCUUUCCUCCGGACCAUGCUCAGCUACUGGAGGAGCUGACUAGGUAUCUUUUUGCACUCCAGAUCAAACAGGAUGUUUCCUGUGGACGUCUGACCUGCAAUGACACCAGCGCGGCACUGAUGGUCACCCAUAUUAUCCAGUCUGAGAUUGGGGACUUUGAGGAGAGCCAGUGCCGGUCACACCUCCUCAACAACAAUUACAUCCCGGAUCAAAUACCCCUCAUUGACAAGAUCAUGGAGUUUCACUCCAAAAUUAUAGGUCAAUCACCAGCAGAAUCGGACUAUCAGUUACUGGAAGUGGCGCGCAGGUUGGAGAUGUAUGGCAUUCGCCUCCACCCGGCCAAGGAUCGCGAGGGCACGGGGCUGAGCCUGGCCGUGGGCCACACCGGCGUCCUGGUCUUUCAGGGGCAUUCAAAGAUUAACUCCUUCAACUGGUCCAAAGUGCGUAAACUGAGCUUCAAAAGGAAACGGUUCCUCAUCAAGCUGAGGCCGGAUCUAAAUAGUUCAUAUCAGGGCACUCUGGAGUUUUUGAUGGGCAGCAGGGACUGCUGUAAAGUCUUCUGGAAGAUCUGUGUUGAAUACCACGCCUUCUUCCGCCUCUUCGAGGAGCCCAAGCCCAAGCCCAAACCUGUGCUCUUCACACGAGGCUCCUCCUUCAGAUUCAGCGGUCGCACACAGAAGCAGGUGAUUGAUUACGUGAGGGAGUCCGAGUUCAAAAAGAUCCCAUUUGAUAGAAAACACAGCCGGGUCCAACACGACAUCCGCCUGUCGCCGUUGCCUUGUCUGUGCCCGCAGGACGUGCCAAACGAGGGUGAGGCUCCCGAGGACGGAGCGCACUCUCCUGCUGGCCGCCACUGGGAGGAGUCGGUGUUGGUGAGUGCGGAGGACGCCUCGGCCUCGAGGGCGGCGCCCGGUUCCAGUCCGCCUCACCAGAGGGGCGGCCGCGAGGACAGGACGGGGCCUUCGUGUAGGGCCGAGGGGACGAGAGGCUCGACGCAAGCGGCCCGCCCGGAACCUCCGAGUACAGAAGUGGCGCCCAUCAGCCCUCACCUGUCUGCGUCCCCUGGCCCCCCUCACGCCAUGGUCAAUGGCCGGAAGUCACUGGAGCCGUGCGGUCGAAGUCCCGACGGGCGACCCCCUUCCCCCCUGACCAGCCCGCUGCUGAACGACGCCAGCAGCCUCCGCACCGACGAGGAGGACGAGGGUCGAAGGAAGAGGUUCCCAACGGACCGGGCCUACUUUAUCGCCAAGGAACUGCUGACCACAGAAAGGACGUAUCUGAAGGACCUGGAGGUGGUGACUGUGUCUUUCCAGAACGCUGUAGGACAAGAUGAGGCAACUCCAGCCUCUCUGAAGGAAACCAUCCUCCCCACCUUCGAGCCGCUGCACGAGUUCCACGAAGGUUUUCUGAGGGAGGUGGAGCAGAGGCUGGCUCUGUGGGAAGGACGUUCCAACGCUCACAUAAAAGGAGACUACCAGCGCAUUGGAGAUGUCAUGCUGAAGAACCUGCAAGGCUUAAAGCCCCUGACGGCAAACCUGCAUAAACAAUCUGAAGUCCUGGUGGAGCUGGAGAAGGCAUGCAGGGCAUCCCGCAGGUUGGAGGGUCUCUGCAGGGACUUUGAGCUGCAAAAGGUCUGCUACGUCCCGCUCAAUGUGUUCAUUCUGCGGCCUCUGCACCGCCUCAGUCACUACAAGCAGAUCCUGGAGCGCCUGUGCAAACAUUAUCCAGCUACUCAUGUGGAUUUCAGGGACUGCAGAGCUGCUCUGGCAGAUGUGUCCGAGGUGGUGGAGCAGUUCCAGGGAAGCCUCAUCAAGAUGGAGAACUUCCAGAAGCUGUUGGAGCUGAAGAAGGAUUUAAUCAGCGUUGACAAUCUUGUUGUUCCUGGUCGGGAGUUCAUCAGGUUGGGCUGCCUCAGCAAACUGUCUGGAAAAGGCCUACAGCAAAGAAUGUUUUUCCUGUUCAACGACGUCAUUUUGUACACGAGUCGAGGGAUGAUGGCGACCAAUCAGUUCAAAGUGCACGGCCAGCUGCCGCUCCACGGCAUGACAAUCAGAGAGAGCGAAGAGGAGUGGGGCGUGCCGCACGCCUUCACGCUGGUGGGGAAGCAGCAGUCGGUGGUGGUGGCAGCGAGUUCACUCAUAGAGAUGGAGAAGUGGAUGGACGACAUACAGGUGGCAAUAGACAUAGCGAACACCAGCAAUGGGCCUUCAUCUGACCUUCUGACAAGCAGUCUGAUAGUCAACAAACGCCCCGACGUCCCCUCGCCGGAGGCCGAGUCCGAGGACGACCUAACGGCGUCGCGCACCUCGCUGGAGAGGGCCGCCCCUCCCCGUGGUAACACCAUGGUGCACGUGUGCUGGCACAGGAACACCAGUGUGUCCGUGGUGGACUUUAGCUUAGCUGUGGAGAACCAGCUGUCUGGAAACCUACUGCGGAAGUUCAAGAACAGCAACGGCUGGCAGAAGCUCUGGGUGGUCUUCACCAACUUCAGCCUGUUUUUCUACAAGUCUCACCAGGAUGAGUAUCCGCUGGCCAGCCUCCCUCUGCUGGGCUACUCGGUCACCAUCCCGUCGGAGACCGAAAACAUCCACAAGGAAUACGUCUUCAAGCUGCAUUUCAAGUCCCACGUCUACUAUUUCCGAUCGGAGAGCGAGUACACGUUCGAGAGGUGGAUGGAGGUCAUCCGCAGCGUCACGGUGGCGUCCGGCGGCGCUCGUGUGCCAAACAGCAAAGAGUCCCGUGCUCGCUGAGUCCUUCGGGGGGGGGGGGCGUCGGCCCUUCCUGCCCCCCCCCCUCCUCUCCCCCUUCCCCCGAGAUGCUGUGCUUUCCUCUCCUACACAUAUCUGGGACAUUUGUACACGUGUCCGUGCACGUUUGGUGCUCUGAAAAUGCUUUAAUGGUGACAUGUCCGCUGGUUUAGACUGCAUCAGAGACUGCAUUUUUUUUUGGCAUUUUGACUCUCAACUCUGAAGCCUCUUUUUAAGGAUGUCAUUUUGUACUGUUUUCUAAUAGUCUGAACUACUUCCUGUCUUCCUGGUUUUACUUUUUGCCAUUGGUUGUUUUUAGAGCAGGAUGAUGUAGAGGUUCAGCAGUCUUUCAGAGAUGGUUAAACUAUCACUACUUUGUCAUAAUGUUUGUUUACUCUUCCAUCUUAUUGAUAAAUGCUGCUUUUAAAAUGUCCUCCAACUUCAGUGCCAAACUGGUUAUAUAUAUAUAUAUAUAUAUAUAUAUAUGUCCUGGACGUUUAAAAUGCUGUUACAUUGGGGGUGAGGAUUGUCUCCUAAUACAGAAUACCAUUACAAUUUAAACUAUGUAAAAAGAGGCCGACGGUCAAUGCUCUGUUCACACCCGUCCCAGUACACCUGUGUUCUUUGUUAAAACAUAAGUGCUGAAAAUAUCAAAUUAUUUUGUUGACAUUACUGUGGGAUUGAUCCCAAAGUGGCCCCAGGAGUAGCUGCCAUCACAGAGUAUUGCCAUUUCAAUUAAAAUACAUAUUUUAUUCACUGAUCUUUGUUAUAUCAAUGACUAAGACCGUUUUUUUUUUUUUGUAUUAUCAGCUAAAGGUCCCCUGCAGCUGUAUGAGAAAGUGUGCGACUUAUUCACAAAAAUUGUAUCAUGAAAGUGGAUGUCAUUGAAAGCUUUAACGUUUAUGUGUAAAACAAUAUAGAAACUUUCAGUUCCAAUCAGCAUUGCGCUCACCUAACUAGGCUGCCUCUUGUAUUCAUAUAUACCAGAUCUUUUUAUGGUUCCAAAUGAAUGGAAAUAUGCAUUGAACAGGGGUUUUGCGGUGAUGCAAAUUAAAUGUAAAAUCUCACUUUUGCUUACAUUUGCAGCUGUUUUUUUUUCUUCUUUUUUUUCAGACCACAGAGAGCUGUUUGGAAAUGAAAGCAAUAAAAAACAAAAUUAUUCAAACUGAGA